AGAAAACCGCUAGCGUGUACCGCAGUACGGGAUAGUGAGCUACGAGCUGGCCUCCUCUCUAACGUCGCGAAAAAGCUGCCAUCGGCUCGGAGAACACGAGCGUUCGAGGCUUGCGCGCUUUCCGCCAUUCCACCCUUCACGAGACGGACUGUUCACGAGGACGUUUGGUGCUCUGGUGUUUCGUGCCUGGUGCGUUUCGCGACGUGUGCGACCGCGAUAGCCGUCGCUUGUUGAAUUGAACGGUGACCGUUGUCGAGACCACUCUCUCUCUCUCUCUCUCUUCUCGGCAUAGGUUCCUCUUCGAAAUCUCUCUCACGAUCUCAGUCGUCUCCUCGUGGAAGCCGUGGAACACGACGAACGCGUUCGUCGAAUGUCAAGGACGAUGCGGCAUUUUACCGUUCCAGUUGGACGCGACACCCGUUAGAUCUCACGACGGACCGGGCUCGUUGGAGGGAGGCCCGACGGUUGGGAGACAUCGCGAGUGUGUGAGGCUCGCGAUACGUCGAAGAGAGGACAAGGGGGAGAAAACCCUCAUCGGGCAAAAGCCUCAUCGUUAAGUCGCGAAGCGUGUCGCUUGCCUUUGUACCUAAAUAUCGGCGGGGGCAUCGACAAUGCAGGCGCCUGUUCUCGAGUGCGGCGAGUCGGAAGACGACGAGGUGGAUAACGAUCCUCCUUCGACUGCUUCUAGAAGCGACAGCGGAACGUUGUCCUCAUGAGACGCUGCCAUCUGCGUCCACUGUCACCGCGGCUUGUUGCUGUCUGAACGAGAACUUCGAGUCCACAGACCCUUGUCGUUGAGGAAUUUCGGGAGAUACUCUCUCUCGCUACGCCCACAAUUGGACGUUCUCAGCCGAAGGCCGAUCAACCGAUCUGGCCGUUGCCCGAAGUGGGAUUUGUGCGAGGAGACAUGCUUUCGGCGCGAAACGAGUGCUGCUUGGUGCUCGAGGGACUUGAGUGAUCGCGCAUGUUUUCAUCACCGACGACAAACGAGUUCUCACCCCAAGGACCGUUUUAAGGACAGAUUUACUCAUCGUUCGGCAAAGUUGCGUGCGAGACACGAAAAACGAAUCUCGCUUUUUUGUACUCAAACCGCUCAUUGUUGGACGAAGCUCGGAGUGUAUCUCGGAUCAGUGAAGUUUCCAUGAAACUCGCGAUUAGCGCGAGAUAUACGCGAGAGCGGGAUUUGCAGGUGCACGGUGAGGAGCGAGGAGCAAGCUGAUGUAACAUUCGCGUGUGUGCCGUCAUGGCGAAACGUCGAGGUUCGAUCUCGCGGGUCUCGCGGAAAGAAAGGAACGCGUCCUCGUCGCCGUAGGAAUCCGCCGACCGCGUGACCUUCGACCACCAUGUGACGUCGGCCGGGUCACACGGAAACGUGUCGUGCGAACGAGGUGUCGCGAGACCCGCUUUUGUGACUGCUAUUGGCGGCGGUAGCGACGAUCAAUCGCAGCGUCGUACAUACGCAGGACCUUCCUCCCUCCGGAACCCUUGAGGAGGAGACCGUCAUCUCGAGCGAAUCGCGCGCGUGCUCGCGACGCGACGUGAGACAUCGCUGGGCCCUGAAGACUAUCACGAAUGGAUCGGGCUUCGAGCCCUCUCCCGUGUCAUUCUUCGCGUUCUACAUAUGGAUACUCAUUUUGGCGAUCCGAAUGAAAGUGACUGAUGACAUAUGUUGCGCGUGAUAACACGCGAAACAAUAAACGCUCAGCACACGUUGCUUAAGAGCAGCCUGCUGCGUGAAGGCUGCGAAUACUCGAUCGAAUAUAGACUUUUGACAAUCGAAGAUCACGAGGUACAAGAGAGCUCCGUCGGAUUUGUGCGAAACGCUCCGCCAGCGAAUCAAUAGAAACGACGAUUCCGAGGGGAUCGUCGUCGAAUACGCUUUCCCUUCGUGGUUGCGCAAGCUGCGUUAAUGCUUCGCACGCGCUCCCCUCUGUUGUUUACGAUCGAUUGUUACUGUUAUUAGCGAUCAUCGAGGCAGCGAACGCGAGUGCAUCGCCUGGUGUGUUGAGAGCGAUCGCUCAUGAGGCUUCUCGUUCUCAGCUUCGAAGCUUCAGGCACGUUCGGCCAGGGGACGAGGUUUUCUGUUAACACGUACGCGCUCGAUCGUUGUUACCGUUUAAACCGCGCUUUUCGAUGCAUUUUCGGCGAUCAGAGCCGACCGACACGCGGAAGGUUCUGCUGAAAGUUAUACCUUAAGCAGCUUAACUGUGUGGGAGAGAGACGAGUAUACGCAUGACCGAUACGCAGCUCACCCCGUUUGUUACCGUUCGAGACGUUGUUAGUCUCUAAGAGACUUGUUGAUACUUGUUGGAACUUGCAACUUUUUGCAGAAGACGCUUUUCAAAAAGCGUCUGGUCAAUUAAUUAGCGCCGUGAGAAAUUCACGUGACAGGCUGACGGAGGAGUUUUUGAUGAAUAUUUGUUGACGUUGUGGGGAGCCACGCGUGUGUGUGUGUGUGUGUGUGUGUGUACGCACGCAGGGAGGUCACGCACGCACGACAGCCGCAGGCGAGCCUCGAUACUUUUCAGUUUCCUCGAGGAAGGACGAGAAAGCGCUUUGGAGAGCCGAGAGCGAAAGUACCUCCAUCAAAGAGAUCCAUCAGCGGGUCUGCAAGCGCACCGCUCCACCGUAUCCACCGUAUCGUUCUCUGAGAGAGGACGAGGGAAACGGCGAAGCACUUAGGCUCGGAAGAGCAUUCGCAUAUUCCUGCCGGAUGCGGAAUUUACUCGCCGGAUCUCGAGACAAAGCUCGGAAUUAUUCAGACACCGCCUGAGAGCUCCUUCCGCGUGCGAGCGGAACGAAAUUACUUUCGCGGGUCCUUUGCCAAAUUACUUUCGCCCCGUUACGGCGACCGAAGCGUCGCCCCGUCGCUUUCUCGACAACGCAGCGAAACUUUUUAAUCAGAUUGUAAUCGGCUCUCUUGAGAACAGCGAGAGCACACGCAAUCUUCCAUGAUGUACCUGGGCCUGCAAACAGUUUGACGUUCUCGUCAGUUGUCUUCUGGAAGACCUUCUUCAAGAGAAGAGUAAUCCGAACGGUUGGACAGUUGGACCGCUUCUGUGAACAAUUCGAGCCUAUGUGAAGCUUCUUGAAGCUUAACUUCGACGACUCGAAUGAACAGGAUAAAUCUUUGAAAUAUUCACGGUGAAAUUAAUCGUGCUCCAUCGGCACGUUGCUCGAGAGGAUCGGUGAAUCAUUCGUCGGGACAUUAAAGAGCUACAAGGAUCCAAAUAAGCGGCAAUCGCGCGGGAGCACGAGAGACAAAGCGGGGAGAAGGAAGAAGCAGCGAGAAACCGUGUGGGAAACCGGCCAGGAGUAAGCAAACCGGCAGACAGGUCCUUCCUAAGCAAGCGAAUCGAUCAUCGCUGACGCGGCAACAGGUACCUGAAUUAUAUCCUCCCCCGACAUGUUUGCCACGGACUCGUCGACUCUUCGUCGUCGCGGUCACCGCGCGAUCACGCGUUUCUCCGGACUCGUACGGCGCGCUUGCCGACGCUCGCUCGAUCGCGACCGUCUCACCGAUUGAUCGGAGGACUUUGGAGGCGGCGAUGUGGUCGAGGAAGGGACGCGGCCGGACGUCGCGGCGGUCCUGCCGAGGUGCCGCGACCGCUUCAAGGUGAAGCUGCCGACGGCGCGGAGGAGGAAGGACAACAACAAGUCGGCGUGCCGUCAGCUCCUCGCCCUGUUUCAUCACCGCAAGCCUCGGGACCCGCUCCGUGGCUCCAGCGCAGCCUCGUCGGUGCCCCUGCUCGAUAUGGGCGCCAGAGCAUGGGACUACGAGGCCCUGCCGGAACUGCACACCUCGACGGCGGUCACGCCGACCUCGACGCCACCGAACGCAUCGCAGCAGAAGACGCCCAGAGUGUACUUUCAAGCGGAGAAUCUGGCGUCCACCAGGCGAAGGAGCAGCAGCAAACUGCUGGCGCCGCAGCAGUCCUGCAGGAGGCGCAGUCGGAGCAUGAGCGCCUGGAGCGACCUGUCCAGAUCGUCUUUCAGGUUGGACGAAAGAGUUCGCGUCGAGUACUAUGUGAACGAGAACACAUUCAAGGAGCGGCUACAGCUGUACUUCAUCAAGAAUCAACGCUCGAGCUUGAGGAUACGACUCGCCAAUCUCUUCUUCAAGCUGCUGACAUGUUUCCUGUACAUAUUCAGGGUUGUUACCGACAACGAUCCGACGUUCGCAGCAUGUUACGGUUGCACGCCCGGCAACAAGACCGAGUUCCUUGCGUCGCAGAACUUGACGGAGGAGGAGUUCCAGGAGCACCCGACCAUCAACUGGGAAGCCAUCCUCUGGGUCAGGAGACCUCUGGAGCUGUGGGUGGUCCAGGUGAUCUUGGCGAUGGUGUCGCUAACCGAGGCCUUGCUGCUCGCGUAUCUCGGUUACAAGGGAAACGUCUGGCAGCAGCUUCUAUCCUUCCACUUCAUCCUGGAGCUUGUCAACACGAUCCCGUUCACAAUCACGUUAUUAUACCCACCGAUGAGGAAUCUGUUCAUCCCGGUGUUCCUGAACUGCUGGCUGGCGAAGCACUCCUUGGAGAAUAUGUUCAACGACCUGCAUAGAGCGAUGCAGAAGUCCCAGUCGGCGUUGAGUCAGCAGCUGAUGAUCCUUAGCGCUACGUUACUGUGCCUUGUCUUUACUAGCGUAUGCGGGAUCCAGCACUUCCAGAGAGCGGGGCACAGACACCUGAACCUCUUUCAAAGCACGUACUACGUCGUGGUGACGUUCUCCACGGUGGGCUACGGGGAUAUCGUGCCGGACAUUUGGCCCUCGCAGCUCUACAUGGUCAUCAUGAUCUGCGUGGCGCUCAUAGUGCUACCAACGCAGUUCGAACAAUUAGCUUUCACGUGGAUGGAACGGCAGAAGCUGGGCGGCUCGUACUCGUCGCACAGAGCGCAGAGCGAGAAGCACGUGGUGGUUUGCAGCACGACGCUGCAGGCCGACACCAUCAUGGACUUUCUAAAUGAGUUUUACGCCCACCCUCUGCUGCAGGAUUAUUAUGUGGUGUUGCUGUCGCCGAUGGAGCUCGACACGACGAUGCGGAUGAUCCUGCAAGUGCCGAUCUGGGCUCAAAGGGUCAUCUACAUACAGGGCUCGUGCCUGAAGGACGGUGACCUCGCGAGGGCCCGGAUGAACGAGGCGGAGGCCUGCUUCGUGUUGGCGGCGAGGAAUUACGCCGACAAAACCGCCGCUGACGAGCACACGAUACUCAGAUCCUGGGCGGUGAAAGACUUCGCGCCCAACGUUCCUCAGUACGUUCAAAUCUUCCGUCCGGAGAACAAGCUCCACGUGAAGUUCGCGGAGCACGUGGUGUGCGAGGACGAGUUCAAGUACGCCCUUUUGGCUAACAACUGUACGUGUCCCGGCGCGUCCACGUUGGUCACUCUGCUGCUGCACACGUCCAGAGGACAAGAAGGUCAGCAGUCGCAGGAAGAGUGGCACCGGCUGUACGGUAAAUGUUCCGGUAACGAGAUUUAUCACAUUAUUCUCGGCGACUCCCGCUUUUUCGGGGAGUACGAGGGAAAAUCCUUCACCUACGCGUCCUUCCACAGUCAUCGGAAAUAUGGGGUCGCGCUCGUCGCAGUCAGGCCGGCGGAGCUUCCGGAAUUUUACGAGGACACCAUACUGUUGAAUCCCGGACCGCGGCACAUAAUGAAGAAGACCGAUACGUGUUACUACAUGAGCAUCACCAAAGAGGAGAACUCCGCGUUCGUGGUGGCGAAUAACCAGAGCGGCGUCGUCGGCGAGGGGAUGCAGGUGAUCAUCGAGACCAAGACGGACGCGACGUGUACGAGCGGCGGCCCGACGACGUGCGCGACGACCACCAGCACCACCACGGCGACCAUGAACUCCACGGGGACGACCACGACGACCUCCACCACCACCACUACCACCACCACCACCACCACCACGAUAUCGACCAGCUGCAUCGUCGGCGGCGGUGGCGGCGACGGGAACGGUACAGCAAUCAGCAACGGUGCCGACGCGCACCAGCGAUUUUCCAACAGUUGUAACGUUGCGCUGAGCGAAACACUCCGCAGGCAGGAGACCUGCACGGGGCCCCGUGCGCAGGACCGCUCGCAAAACGGUCCCCAAGGUCACAGGGCCCCGUUGCCGCCGCAGGUUAUUUUGCAGGUCCUCCCUAGCACGCCCACACCAAUCCAACACCACAACUUACUCGCAUCCGAUGUCCACCCGACUUAUCUCGAUCCUGGAGGAUUCGGGGACUCGAGGCAGUGUCUAAAAGAGGGAGGAUCGACGCCGCAAACGCCAAUCACCGGAAAUCACCUCGAUGUGCCACGGUCUCUCGACCCGAAUCCCAAUCUGCUUAGCCCGGAAAUUCUCACUCAAAGGAGAGGGAGCAGAAGACCGAGUAUUCUGCCGGUACCGGACAUGCUAACCAGCUCGACCUUGCACCUGCCCGGUCAAGAGUCCUUGGACCACGAGGGCGACGAGUCGGAAGACGAGAUGGACGACGACGUUCCCUGGCGAUCGCCGAGCGAGAAGAUCGCCAGCUUCAAAGGGAUCGUCAAGGGAUUCCCGCCGGUCUCGCCCUUCAUCGGAGUCUCGCCGACCUUGUGCUACCUCCUGAAGGAAAAAAAGCCGCUCUGUUGCCUUCAACUGGCUCAGGUAUGCCAGCAUUGCACCUAUAGGAACGCCAAGGAGUACAAUUGGCAGAACAAGACCAUCAUAUUGGCGGCGGAUUAUGCUAGCAACGGGAUUUACAACUUUAUAAUACCGUUGCGGGCGCACUUUAGGUCGAAAACGUCGCUGAAUCCGAUCAUCCUCUUGCUGGAGAGGAAGCCGGAAAUCGCGUUUCUCGACGCGGUGUCCUACUUUCCACUGGUCUACUGGAUGCGAGGCUCCAUCGACUGCCUGGACGACCUCCUACGCGCCGGCAUUACUCUGGCCGAGAACGUCGUGGUCGUAAACAAGGAACUCAACAAUUCCGCCGAGGAGGACACACUGGCUGAUUGCAACACGAUCGUCGCGGUGCAGACUAUGUUCAAAUUCUUCCCGAGCAUAAAGAGCAUAACGGAGCUGUCCCAGUCGAGCAACAUGCGCUUCAUGCAGUUCCGGGCGCACGACAAGUAUGCACUGCAUCUCAGCAAAAUGGAAAAGGUACUCCUCAGUGCUACUACCGAUGACAACUACUCCGAUGAGCCUCCGAUGGGCUCCCCGCACGACGAUUUAGGCGCAUUAACGGGCCGACGUGUGUGCUAUUCGCAGAGGGAGAAGGAAAGGGGCUCCCAUAUAUCGUACAUGUUUCGACUGCCGUUCGCUGCCGGCAGCGUCUUUAGCGCCUCGAUGUUGGACACUCUGCUCUACCAAGCCUUCGUCAAGGACUACGUGAUAACGUUUGUCAGGCUGUUGCUAGGAGUGGACCAAGCGCCGGGGUCCGGCUUUCUCACGUCGAUGCGCAUAACGAAGGACGACAUGUGGAUCAGGACGUACGGCAGGUUGUACCAGAAACUCUGCUCGACCACCUGCGAGAUCCCGAUCGGAAUCUACAGGACGCAGGACACCACCGUGGCCGACUCCUCGCAUCAGGGCGACUCAGACGCGGAAAGCGACGCCGGCGUCGGUGUGACGUACAAGGUGCGUCAUUCGGCGGCAGCAUCGUGUCUUGCGAAUUGCGCCACCCGCGACAAGGGUGCAUCUGCUUACUCGGUGAGCCUCGGCGACGAGGCGCGCGACAACCACGCGCAGCAGAUCGAGCGAGCGGAGAUCGCGAAUCUGGUGCGGUCACGGAUGGAGUCGCUGAACCUGCCGAUCGCCGACUACGACGACGUGUCGGAGAAGCGCAACAGCCUCUCCUACGUGAUCAUCAAUCCGAGCUGCGACCUGAAGCUCGAGGAGGGUGACAUCGUCUACCUGGUGCGGCCCAGCCCGUUCUCCGCGCAGAAGACCUUCGAGCGGCACAAUUCCCGGCGCAAGAGCAACAUCAGCUUCUGCUCGGCGCAGCUGGUAUCGCAGAUGAGCGCGGCGGUCGCGGCUGCCAGUCUGCAAGCCGGUGCUCCGGGUAGCCGUCGUGGCUCCGGCAUAGGACUAGCGAGAGCGCCACCGUUGAGCACAACCAAAUCGAACUCCUUGUCGUUGCCGGACAGCCCGACUGUGGCCGGCACUCUCCGCGGGCGCUCCAACUCGCUGAGGGUCGUCGACGACAUCCUGCUGCGACGCAGCAACUCCCUCAGGCAAGGUCUCACGACCAGACGAAAGAGCAGCCUGGAGGACAUCGGGCUGGGCGCGCUCUCGCAUCACACCAACCACAACCCGAUCAAGAUCGCGUUGAACGGCUCGAUCGGCCUGGAGGUGACGCCGCCGGAGGAAGGCUCCCAAGCUGGCGGUGCCACCAACACGGGCAUCCUCGACGUCGGCUUACCCUCCAUGCCGGAACUGAACGCGGCUUUGGGACCCAGCCUCGGCGCAGGCCUCGGUGGUUCCUUGGGUGGGCUGUACGACCCACCGUCUCUGCAGUGCCCAAUGGGCUCGCCCUGCCAGUCGCUGCAGAUGCAAGGCGCCGCGCAGGAUCCACAGCACAUACAGGGGACGAUAGUAUGAUAUAACCUAAUGUGGGGACGCAGGCUCUCCGGCGUGGCGCGUAACAAGUGGCUGUAGCGUUCCCACAUGGCGUUUAGGGCCGAGCGGCGAGAACGGCGAGAUCGUAGCGAGUCAUAGAGAGAGAGAGAGAGAGAGAGAGCGUAGAGAGAGAGAGAGAGAGAGAGAGAGAGAGAGAGCACAGGACCAAAAUGGUACAAUGUCUCGUGUGGGACUGACCAUCCAGGCUGGCUGACACAGUGAGGCGGCCGGGGGAGCAAGGUUGCCCCGCUGUGUAAGCACGUACAAAAAUACGACGUCGCGACGGCUUCGGCGACUGUACGAAGUGUCGGGGAUUCACCCUGCGUCUCGGCUUCCUCGGCUAUGUCGGGCCGAGACCGCCACUCCUCUCAGCGGAGAUUAUUUCGAUCCGCUCGAGCGAGACUAGCGGCGCACAGCCGGGGGAACCGCGACACCUCACGCCAUUAAACCAAAAAUGCAAUCGCGUCGCGAACAGUAGCGUUCGGCAGAAACGACGGGAAGGAGAAAAGCCAGCGAGGCUUUCCGUAGGGCGUCCAACCGCGACCCAUCGCGACUCACACCGGUGGCGCCGGCCGUUUCUUUCGCUUUGUUCGCGGCGGCGCGACGUGCAACAAUUCGUGGACCUAAGCCCAGGGUAAGUAUAUCGAAUCGUAACUGUGAUACGUCGCACCCGCUGACCUUCUCCGCGCGCGCGGAACGCGCGCGAGGCAGUUGCCCAGCGUGGCGGCCGCGGUGGAUCCUCGGAUCGUCGGAGUUUCCCCAAACGCUACCCCAUGAAUCGCGCCGUCGUGUCGCGAAGAGUCGUCAGCCGGAGGGCUAACGCGCGGUCCUCGGUUGCCGGAGGGGGCGAGUUGUAAAGUAUCGUCGCGAGCUUCGGUUCGGUGUACCUUACUUUUGUAACUCGUACCUGUAGCGGGCUGCGUUCUUGAGGGAAGAAGAGAAAACAAAAGAAACACACUUGGCUCUCGCUAGGUCGCCUCUAGCGCGUCUCGACGUCUCUCCUUCUGCGCGCGCGCGCGCGCGCGCGUACGAUUUCAUCGACGACGCGACGUCACGCGCUGUCAUGCCGGUCACGAAGCACUCGACCGGCAGGGAAACGAAAGCGGCGACCGACGAGCGACCAGAUACCGCGACUCGCUCCGACAUUCGACCGAUUUUCUACGCACUGAAAUUUCCUCCGAGCGUACCACGUGCUCGUCACACGCUACGAGACCGCGACGUCUGUCUGUUGUUUGACUUUGGUCGAUACACGCCGAAGACGAGAGAAAUAUUUCAAUGACGUGACGCGAAACGGCACUCGCUGCGUUUGAAUAAAGUCACGAGACGUCGAAGCGUCCGCCGGGAACGGAAGCUCUGGGGGAUCUUCUCUCCUCUUCCCGCUCUCCUCGAGAGCGUGGCACGUUUCAAAAUUGCAGAAUCGCGGAGCAUUCGUCGAAGCACCGUCUCUCUCUCAUCCUGCUCUCAUCGUCUCAACGGUCUGAUCGAUGCCAAAGAAGCUCGAGCUUUCCUCUGAGUCGCUGAGCGAUCCAUGACUAACGUCUCAAGCCUGGUCUACAAUGCGCUCUCUGCUCGCCGUUUCCUUACUUUUUAUCUUUUGCUAGCUCGCGAUGUGAGAUUCGAGUGAAAAAGAGAUAAGGAGGAAGAAAGAGAGAGCGAAGAGCAUAUCGUAGAUAAGGCUUUGUACCUAAUCGAGCGAGUCGCCGACGAAUCGCUUCUGUUCUCCCGUCGCGUCACUGGCGCUUGUCAACUUUCAGACCGAGACCGACUCGUUGUAUACUCGUUGUAUGAGCGCUCGUCCGUCGCCCACCUCACCCUCGAAAACACCUUCGAAACACGCAAAAACGAAAACGAGGGCACAACCGGAGACGUCCUAUCAGGCACACCUCGAUUCCUACUCAGCGUCGCGCUCCAGCGAUGUCGAGCGCGAAUAAUUUUAUAAUAUUAGGGAGACUUGUGUGAAGUGCAACGACAAAGAUAGAGAGAAAGUGGGAGGAAGGGAGAAGGUCUAUUAUACAUAUUACUGGUACGAAAUGUAUGACCAUUUUAAUCAUAUCACGCGAGAGUGCCGCUCGCGGAGAAGUCACCCCGUUAUAUGCCCUAGUAAAUAAAAAUAGUCGGAAGAGAGUAUUUUAGAGACGAGACUUAAGUGCUUAGGACUAUGCGCGCGCGUAUCGUGACUUUUAAGCGCGUGACUGAUAAGAUUGUCCACGGUGAAUCAGUCGGUCGCGUCGCAGGACGAUCGCCGACCACACGCGUGAUUCCUCGUGACGGAGCCGAGAUUGGCGCGGCGGCACGCCGCAUCGGCGCAUCACGAGCGCGAAAACGAAGCCGCGAGAAGAAUUAGAAACGAGCUCCGAUCGCGAAUGAACCAUAUGAAAACUACUACUACUACUAUUACUACUACUACUACUAUUAGCACUAUUACUACCAUUACUACUACUACGACUAAUCUACCACUUCUUCUUCUUCUUCU